AUGUCGUCACAUAAUCUGGACCUGAGUGGGAGCAAGAAGAGGAAGAGAGGCGAGAGGGUUUUCAGGUUCAAGACUUUUGGAGAAAACGGUUAUCCAGUCGGGUUCGUUGCCUCGUCGCUUAGGGAAAACGUGAAAGCGCUUCUCGAAUAUGGGCAUCUGGAGAGUACCCUAUGCAAUAGUGCUACUGGAAUAAAGAGCUGGUCGUUCCAUCUCCAGCUUCAUCGUAAUGCUCUUGUGCAUCUCGUUCUCUUCGUCGUCGAAGAACCUAUUGAGGCCUCACUGAACCGUCAUUGCAAGCAGUGCCAAUACGUCGGCUGGGGGCAGCAUAUGGUUUGCAAUAAGAAGUAUCACUUUGUGUUGCCUUCGACCGACACGUUGGUGGCGGUGGCUUGUUUGAACAACUGCAAAGUUGCCGGAGGCAAUAACAACUACGAUGAUAUUCCGGCGGGUAAGUCAUCGUCGUUGAAUUUACUGGAAUUAGAGGGGCAUAUCAUGCAUGGUGUAUUUCACUCUAACGGGUUCGGGCAUUUGCUUUGUGUCAAUGGGGCGGAAACGGGUUCGGACUUGCCUGGACAUCAGAUACUUGAGUUUUGGGAUCGAUUGUGCACGGGAUUACGAGCAAGGAAAGUGAGUUUAAACGACGUUUCACAUAAGAAAGGCAUGGAGUUGAGGCUCAUCCAUGGAGUAGCAUACAGUGAGCCCUGGUUUGGUCGUUGGGGUUACAAAUUUGGCCGUGGAACAUUUUGUGUCACUCAACAAAUGUACCAAAGCGCCAUUGAAGCAUUACAAGGCAUGCCCUUGUGCUUACUCAUCCACCAUCUUGCUGACAUUACUUGCAAUCAAUUAGGCCACGAUAUUUCCCUCAUCUUCUCAAGGUAUCACGCAUUGUCGGAUCAUUCAUUGGCGACUCUCGGUGACCUAUUCCAUUUCAUGCUAGAGCUCAAGUCCCGGUUACCCACUGACGAUCAAAACUCGUGCAUUGAUUCCUAUAACCCGGGAAUGCUGGUGGAGACAUCUUGCAGAUGGUCUCCUAAAAGAGUUGAAAUGGCGUCUCGGGUGAUUGUGGAAGCCUUAAAGAGGGCUCAUUUCAGAUGGGUCUCUAGGCAGGAAGUAAGGGAUGCUGCUCGCUCGUAUAUAGGGGACACGGGCUUGCUAGACUUCGUGUUGAAGUCGUUGGGCAACCAAAUUGUCGGGAAUUACUUGGUUCGUCGCAGCUUGAAUCCGGUGACCAAAGUUCUCGAGUAUUGCUUAGAAGACCUUUCUAAUGUGUCCCCUAACCAAGAUGGCAAUGUCAUGACCAACUCCAAAGUGAAGGGAUGGUACAAGAUUUCGAGGUUCCAGCUAAUGAAGGACAUGUUCUACUUGUACAAGUACAUCCUCAAAGACCAAAAGCUAAGCACCGGUACUACUACAGGGAUCCUUUCAGCAAUUCCGAUGGCUGUUAGGAUCAUUCUUGAUUCCAAGUACCUUGUCAAAGAUUACUGCGGCGAGUUACCGCAUGUGAAACUCGAAUUAGGACCUGAAGGAAAAUCAAAUCUCUAUUGUACCGUAAUGCUAAGAAACAGUACACAAGUGCUUGAUUAUAACAAGAUGAUUAACAACAACGAAUUAUUAUUGCCGCCAUACGAGUGUGUGACACUGAAAAACAAUGCUACCACCAAUGAUCUUAAGCUCGAAGUGGAGAGGAACUUCAAAGAGAUCUACUGGGGAUUGAAAAGCUUCGUCGUGGAAACGAUUGCGAAUUUGAGUAUCGAUGCAAAGGGAACAGAUAUGGUUUUUGGGCUGGUUGAGGUGGGUGGAAAGAUUGUGCUUAAAGGAAGCAACAAAGAUAUGAGAGGUGGUGGACUUGGACUUGUUAGAGAGCAUGAAGGACCCAUAUUAGAAUGCGGGUCGGUUAACUGCAUUGUGGACUGUCCAUGUGGUGCCAAAGAUGACGACGGGGAAAGAAUGGUGUGCUGCGACAUAUGUGAAGUGUGGCAGCAUACUGUGUGUGUUAGAAUUCCAAACAAUGAACAAGUUCCUCAUAUAUUUAUCUGCAAUCGAUGCGAGAGAGAGAUCGUACUUUUACCUUCUCCAUAG